AGAAUUCUGACAGACAGUCUGGACUUGGUUUAUUCUGCAAUACAGUGGAUACAGUUUGUUAUGGCUACUCUGAGUAUUAUAGGUUCAAGUUCACUUAUUGCUUAUGCUGUAUUCCAGAAUAUACAGAAAUCUCCAGAGAUGAGGCCACUCUUUUAUCUGAGCUUCUCUGACCUCCUCCUGGGGAUAUGCUGGCUCAUUGAAGCACUUCUCUAUGGAACUUCAGCAGCCAAUAAGGACAUUGUCUGCUAUAACCUGCAAGCAGUGGGACAGAUAUUCUACAUUUCUUCAUUUCUCUACACCGUCAAUUACAUCUGGUAUCUCUACAAAGAACUAAGGAUGAAACACACCCAGAGUGGACAGAGCACAUUUUCCUUGGUUAUAGAUAAUACUUGUCGAGUUGGUCAGAUAGCCAUCAUUUCGUCAAGCCUGAUACCUCUACUAUUGAUGAUACCUGUAUUCUGUCUGGGCAAUGCCAGUGAAUGUUUCCUCAACUUUAGCCAGAACCACAGGUGUAUCCUGAUGCACUCACCACCAUCAGCCAUGGCUGAACUCCUGCCUUCUGCCAACACAUCAGUCUGUAGAACACUUUAUUUUUAUGGGCUCAUCAUUUUCCUGGCCAGCUUUCUACUCAGCCUCUUCACCAUUGUGGUCUUACUCAUCCAAGCCCAGACUCUGUAUAAGAAGUUUGUGAAAUCAACUGGCUUUUUGGGAAGUGAACAGUGGGCAGCGAUUCACAUCGUAGAGCAGCGAGUACGCUUCUACCCAGUGGCCUUCUUGUGCUGCUGGGGCCCAGCUGUCAUUUUGAUGAUCAUAAAGCUGAUUGAGCCACAGGACACCAAGCUUCACAUGGCCCUCUAUGUACUUCAGGCUCUAACAGCAUCAUCCCAGGGUCUGCUCAACUGUGGAGUAUAUGGAUGGACACAGUACAAGUUCUUUCAACUAAAGCAAGAAACUCGGCGUGAUGCAGACACCCAGACACCAUUAUUAUGCUCACAGAAGAGAUUCUAUAGCAGGGGCCUAGAUCCAUUGGACUCUACCCUUGCUUUUGCUACCAGCACCUCUACUACUCUUUGAAACUAGUACUGGGGUACAGGAACUGCGGUUAUUCCACACUAAAGGAUUGGGAAAAGUGUUGGGGAACAUCUUUAGUCUUUUGGAAAUUAAAGGGAAUAUAGUGCCAUGGUUUAGUAGCCAUUCUAGGUGAAUUGGGCAGGAUCUUUUUAUUAUUUUCAGAUUCACUAGUGAUUCUUAAAGUCUUUGUUCAAGGAGAUGAAGCCACUUUUCAUCUAAGAGAAGGACUUAUUACCUUGGUGAAUAUUAGACUUGUCUAAGUCUUUUCUUAGAAAAAUUAAUUAUAGUUUAUUAUUUAUACAUGCCACUUCUAGGUUCUCUAUUCCAUGGUUUCAAGUGAAGUAGGGUGGCAUGCAACAGUUUUCUCAGCUGUCAUUGCUAUGUCUGCCUCUGAGGUUGGACAAAGGAAGUUUCUGUUCUUUGAAGAGUUUUGGAAACUCAGAAUAAGCAAGGACAACUAUCAAAAAAGUUACAGUGAGCUACUCAGAUGCACCAUAGUCUAGUCUCAUAUGUUCAGUGCCAUUCUAAGUCUUGACAGGGACCAUCCUACUCUAAAAAAUUAGGGCCAGUCUUUUGAAGUUACAGGGAAUAAUAAGAUUUAAGAGAAAUCAUGACUAGAGGAAACUCUAGGAAUCAAAAACUCUAAAAUGUCCUUUACAGGCAGAAGUCCUAAGAAGGUUUAAUAGUGCUGAAAACUGAAUUAGGUUUAACCAUUUGAACUUGCCAUUUUUGUAGGUGAAAAUGGUCUAAUAUCAGUUUUACAUGGUUCAACUUAACAGAGCUAAAUAUGUUUAUAGAAUAAAUGAAUAAAUGAAUGAAUGACUAGUAAGUAGAAUUUGAACCUUUUGGGGAGCAAAAAGAUUCCUAGACUAGAGCCUCAUUUAUGGGUUGGAAUAUCUAAUCUGUUUCUUCUUGAAUCACAUAACAAGUAAUGUUUGAUCUUUCUAGUUAGGUUAUGAACAAGUCCAAUCUGAGGCUUGUUCUAUGAUGCCAAAACAAAGGGGAAAGCCAGGUGGACAAAACUGACUGGAAUGAUAAAAUAUUUGGAACUCAUAAUCAUAUGAUUCUCACCUGAUAAAUUUCUUGGUCUGUCCAAUGCAAAAUCCUUAAGAUUAAAGAAAAUCGACACGGGAGGUUACAAUGGGGGAUUUGAUAGGAUACUCUGAAAAGGAAGUUCCAGAGAGUUUUCCAAAGGAGCUCUCCAUAGAAAUUUUAGGGAGCUCAAUAAUAGCUCUUUAGAUUUUAGGCCAUGAGUUUCAGCCUUACUAUGGAGAUUAACAUGUCCUUGUUCUGUCAACAUUACAUCUUGAGUCUUCUCAUUGCCCCAAUGCUCUGGAGAGCUGAUUUCUGGGUAGCACAGAACAAGAAAGACUGCCUCAUCCAGGGAGCUACUUUACCUUUUUUUAAUUUAAAAACUAACAAGCAUUUGGGAUAUAGAAAGACAGAUGGAAGCAAGAAAGUAUUCCCAUCUCCAUAGACCUUGAGGGACACCAGAACUAAGGAGUCAAUUCCUUAAAACAUCCUUUUAAUAUUACUUCAUAUGUGGAUUAAUUAAUCAGAAAGAUGGCAAUUACCAAAUAUUUGUCAGAUUUGUUCAUUUUGCUUCUGCAAGAUGAAUCUUUUGCAUUGACACUGGUCUUAAAUCUUCUAUGGAUGUAGGCAAACAAAAGAAUAGUGGAAAUGAGA